AUGGCCCUCUACGACCGCAGGCACGUGUGCACGCACGCAGGCACGUGUGCACGCACGCAGGCACGUGUGCACGCACGCAGGCACGUGUGCACGCACGCAGGCACGCACGUGUGCCUGCAGGCACGCACGUGUGCCUGCAUGCACGCACGUGUGCACGCACGUGUGCAGGCACGCACGCACACACGUGUGCAGGCACUCACGCACGUGUGCACGCAGGCAUGCAUGCACGUGUGCAUGCAGGCAAGCAUGCACGCACGUGUGUACGCAGGUACGCACGUGUGCCUGCAGGCACGCACGCAGGCACGCACGUACGUGUGCAAGCACGUGUGCACGCAGGCACGCACAUGGGCACGCAGGCCCGCACGCGUGCACUCAGGCACGUGUGCACGCACGCACGUGUGCACGCACGCCCGCACGCGUGCACGCACGCACGUGUGCACGCGCGUGCACACGCACGCCCGCACGCGUGCACGCACGCACGUGUGCACGCACGCACACACGCACGUGUGCACGCAGGCAUGCACGAACGUGUACACGUGUGCAGGCACGCUGGCACGUAUGUUCGCACGCACGUGUGCACGCACGCACGUGUGCACGCAGGCAGGCACGCACGCAAGUGUGCACGCGUGCACGCACGCAGGUGUGCAUGCACGCGUGCACGCACGCAGGUGUGCAUGCACGCAGGUGUGCACGCGUGCACGCACGCAGGUGUGCACGCGUGCACGCACGCAGGUGUGCACGCGUGCACGCACGCACGUGUGCAUGCAGGCACACACGUGCACGCAUGCAGGCACGCACGUGUGCACGCAGGCAGGCACGCACGUGUGCACGCAGGCAGGCACGCACGUGUGCACGCAGGCAGGCAUGUACAUGCAGGAAUGA